AAAUCCGAUCUCGUUGAAUAUUUUCCCAUCCAAAACCCGCCUCCACCCAUCCAGCGAUUCCUCCCCUUUCUCCGGGGAAGCUCCGCCCUAUCGCCGCCGCACCACCUAGGGUUUAGCUUUUUCCGAACUAUGCACCCCAAUUCCUCCCCAUCUCACUACCCUCCCCACUGAUAAAACCCUACGGCUCAAUUACCCCCCUUUUUUCCCCUCCGAUUAAUCGGCGAUCUCUUCUCUUCUGAUGACAUCAUUUCUCUGGUAGGGCUCUCGCUCCUCCGUAAAAUUUCACAUCUUCGUUUGAAUUUGAAUUUCCGCCGCCAUGGCGAUCCGAUUCACCGUGAACUUCUCGGCGUCCGUCGCCUCAAACAUUGCCGCCUCCUCUUCCACGGCGUCCAGUAAAUGCGCCGCCUCUCGGUUCUUCCAGGAGUGCGCUUCCAGAUCCAGAUUCUUCCAGCACCCGCCCUCGCAGAAGCCCGACUCCGACUACUCCGACUUCCGCCGCCCCAAAUCGAAGCCGAAUUCGGUCUAUUCGUCUCUUGCCGGGGAAGUUCUCGGCGGGCAGGCGCAAUGUCCGGUUGUUAUGGGAUUGAUCUCUCUGAUGAAGCAGUCGAUCGGCUCUUCUUCGAAUUCGACCGUUUUAGGGAUUUCCCCCAUCAAGGCAUCGACAAUCCUUCCUUUCCUCCCCGGUUCGAAGUGGCUACCGUGCAACGAAUCCACGAGCACGGAUGUCGAUAGAGGAGGCGCUGCUGUUAGAAGUAGCUCUGCCGCCGCUAGCAGCAAGGAAGUAACCGUCGAGACCAAGAUUGUCAAUGGUGGUGGUAGCAGUAGUAAGGGUAAUGCUAAGGCUAAGGGUAAGGCUAAGGGUUUGGAGGGGGAGGCGUUUGCCAUGGCAAAGAAUAUUGAUGCGCCGAGUCCUACACUGAAUCUUACGCCACCUCGUGGCGGAAUCGGUAGCGGAAUCAAUAGCAGUAGUUGGUUGUUGAAAGUGAUGAACAUGUGUUUCACCUCUGAGGAGGCUAAGGCGGCUUUCACUGCUUUCAGCGUAAGCAUUUUGUUUAAGUCGACUUUGGCGGAACCGAGGUCGAUUCCCUCCACUUCUAUGUACCCAACUCUUGAUGUAGGCGAUCGUGUUCUAGCCGAGAAGGUAUCGUAUAUUUUUAAGAAGCCCGAAAUCUCGGACAUUGUGAUUUUCAAGGCUCCUUUAAUUCUUCAGCAAAUUGGUUUCAGUCCAUCUGAUGUAUUUAUUAAACGAAUUGUAGCGAAAGCUGGUGACUAUGUAGAAGUUCGUGGUGGGAAAUUGAUGGUCAACGGUGUGGCUCAAGACGAGGAUUUUAUCUUGGAGCCACUCGACUACGAAAUGGAUCCAGUGCUUGUUCCGGAAGGCUACGUGUUCGUAUUGGGAGACAAUCGCAAUAACAGCUUCGACUCACAUAACUGGGGUCCACUGCCUAUAAGAAACAUUGUUGGUAGAUCGGUCUUUCGGUAUUGGCCUCCGUCGAAAGUAUCGGACACUCUGUACAACACAUCCCAGCAGAAGAGUGCUGUUGCAUUUGCCUGAUACUUUUCGCCCUCCUGAUUUUUGUAGUGUUUUAUUUAUCUAGUUUGUUUGUUAACAACUCCUAGUUCCUGUAAAAAAAAAAUUGAAUCUUUAUACUCAUAGUGUACUUGAGCGUUUUUAUUAUUUUUUAUAUAUUUAUUUAUAAUUUUUUUAAAAAUGAUGGCUGCCAUGGCUGUUUCCAAUAUAAACAUAAAUGCAUAAUAGUGGCUGGUUUUGACUUCGUUUUAUUUUUUCUUUCUAUAAUGAAUCAUUUUCUUGUA